CGUCGUCCCACAGUGGAAUCAAAUGUUGGGGUUGUCGGUGCGGUGUAGCAGGACCUGAGUUUAGCUUUGUUUUUCAUCAUCAAAUUACAUUUUAGUCGUCUUAAAGGUGAUAGACUUGCGAAACAACUGUUGUAGCUAAUCAAAUCUACAUAUAUCACCUAUUCCUGGUAAUAUUAUAAUUUUAUCACCACCUAGCCUACACUACUACUCUACUACUGUCACUCCAGUGUUGAAUUUCGGCGGGCAGCCCCGCUUCGACCUAACAUCGCCUAAAUCUGUUAAAAUAUAGGGUAGGCUAGCCCAUGCCUAGCAUCAAUGUUUGGGCUAAUUUGAAUGAUUAAAAAGAAGUUGACUGCUAGUGAUUUUACAGAAUCAUCCCUUAAAUUAAACUGAGAUGCCCCGAUCGAGAAAAUUUUCUCCAGCCACCAAUAAUGAUGGAGUAUGGUUUCGUACAAGAGGAUGGACACAUGAGCCCCUUCAACGCAGCUCAGCAACUUCCACAGGGGACAUGCUGACGUCAACAUUUAAACCAGAGUCAUCUGCGUUUCCCAAGCCACCACCUGAACCAUUCACUGCCUUAGAAAAGAGUAGUUAUAUUGAGGAAAAUCCAUUUUCUGGACAUGAUAACAGACAUUCUUUUCAAGACCAUGGGGUUUAUUUUGGUCAGGGUCUUGGAAAAAAGUUAUGGCAAGGAGAGAAACGUCAACACAAUUCACGAGAUCUCAUCACGUGGGAAAAUGGCAAUCUUCAAUACAGCACUUAUUACCGAGACACUUACAAAGGAACGCCAUGCAAGGAACCCCUAACGCAGCGGAGGUUUCCGCGCAUACACACCGAACCGAAACAGGGAACGAUAAAACUAGAAACAACGACAACAGACUGGUAUCAGCCACCAAAAGUUCCGUACGAAACACCAACGCAGAUUCUUGCCUCUUCGCAGGAGCCAUUCCUGGAACAUAAUCCGUGGCGCUACUCCUAUAAAUCAUAUUAAUUUGAAUCACUUUCAUGCUCAUUUCUAUUUUAAAUAUGUAUUUUAUUUACUUGAUUCGGUGCACCAUGGACUAACAAAAUAAGUGGAUGCUACAUUACUCCUUGUGUAAAACAGUUUGCAGUAUUACGGUAUUUCAAACACUUUAUACAAUAGAUAAAACAAAAAUUAAACUAUUAAGCACAAACAGUAAUAGUUGUUAUAGGAUGAUUUGUUUGAUUUACUGUAAUAACAGAUGUAAGGGCUUAAAUUUUUAGAAAAAAUGUAUUAUAUUUAUAGACAAACAUUUACAUUUGUAAUAAAGACAUUAUUUUGUUUGUGAGUAUACUACUGCAUUUU